AAGCAUUCAAACUCCUCAUAAUUCGACGUUCAACUCCAAAUCUCCGCUACUGGAGCCGCCUCCUCUCCCCGUUCCCUUUCCAUUAGGUUUCCAAAUUCCUUCAUGAAUCUCUUCACUCUCCCUUCUCUUCUUCUCGGAUUCUCCUUCUUUUCUCUGUUCAUCAACAAUGGCGUCGUCUUCGUCGACGCUCUCCAUAAAAUUUAUCCUGAAUUACAGUCUCUUCAAACCGACGGCGCUGUGAUUAAGCCACUCCAUCGAACUCGUUUCCACUUCCAACCUCGCCGUCACUGGAUCAACGAUCCAAAUGGCCCAAUGUUAUUCAAGGGAAUUUACCAUUUGUUUUAUCAAUACAACCCCAAAGGCGCAGUUUGGGGGAAUAUAGUUUGGGCUCACUCAAUUUCCAGAGACCUAAUCAAUUGGAAGCCAUUGAAGCCCGCUCUUUACCCUUCAAAGCCCUUCGACAUCAAUGGCUGCUGGUCCGGCUCCGCCACCAUCCUCCCCGGUAACAAGCCCGUCAUCUUAUACACCGGAAUCGACCCUCAAAACCGCCAGGUUCAAAACUACGCCGUUCCGGCUAACCUCUCCGACCCCUAUCUAACCGAGUGGAUCAAACCGGAUGACAACCCGAUCGUCGACCCGGACUCGGGAGUCAACGCCAGCGCCUUCCGUGACCCGACGACGGCGUGGCUGAGCGACAAUGGCCACUGGAAGACCAUCAUCGGCAGCAAGAGGAAAAAGAGGGGAAUGGCGUAUUUGUAUAGAAGUAGGGAUUUUGUGAAAUGGACGAAGGCGAAACACCCUUUACAUUCUGCUCCAAAUACAGGUAUGUGGGAGUGCCCUGAUUUUUACCCGGUUCCGCUCUCGGGCAGACGUGGAUUGGACCCGUCGGUGACUGGGAAUUGGGUUAAACAUGUGUUGAAGGUGAGUUUGGAUCUUACUAGAUAUGAGUAUUAUACGGUGGGGAAGUAUUAUCCGGAGAAGGAUAGGUAUGUACCGGAUAACACAUCGGCGGAUGGGUGGAGUGGGCUGAGAUAUGACUACGGAAAUUUCUAUGCUUCGAAGUCGUUCUAUGAUUCGAUGAAGAAGAGGAGGGUUUUGUGGGGCUGGGCUAAUGAGUCUGAUAGUGCUCAGGAUGAUGUUUCUAAAGGAUGGGCUGGAAUUCAGUUAAUUCCUAGGAGGAUAUGGUUGGAUCCAAACCGGAGGCAACUUUUGCAGUGGCCAGUUGAAGAGCUGAAUAAGCUGAGAGGGAAGGAAGUUGUGUUGAGACAUCAGAAGCUGUUGAAGGGACACCAUGUUGAGGUUAAAGGAAUUACUGCAGCCCAGGCUGAUGUUGAAGUUGUCUUCAGCUUUUCAAGUCUAGAUAAAGCGGAGCCAUUUGAUCCAAGCUGGGUGGAUGCACAAGCCGUGUGUGAUCAACUGGGCUCAAAGGCCCAAGGUGGAGUUGGGCCGUUUGGGCUUCUGACUCUGGCUUCAGAAAACCUCGAGGAAUUCACUCCUGUAUUCUUCAGGAUUUUCAAGUCCCAUCACAAGCACGUGGUUCUUCUGUGUUCUGAUGCAAGAAGCUCUUCUUUGAAGGAAGAUGGAUUAUACAAGCCAUCAUUUGCGGGCUUUGUCGACAUCAAUUUAUCGAGUAAAAAGCUCCCAUUAAGAACUUUGAUUGAUCACUCAGUGGUAGAGAGCUUUGGAGGGGGAGGAAAAACAUGCAUAACUUCAAGGGUAUAUCCAACAAAGGCGGUGUUUGGGGAUGCCCAUUUGCAUGUGUUCAACAAUGGAACAGAGGCUAUCACGGUAGAUUAUCUAAGAGCUUGGAGUAUGAGAAGUGCUAGGGUGAACUAAGUCUUUAGAAAUUAGAACUUAGAAUGUUUGUUUUGCCUUUUUUUUUUCUUUUUCUCCCUUGUGGUUUUAAAUUAGCAGGGAAAGUGGAGGUAGUGAGGUAGGUUAAUUUGGUUUAAUUUAGGUUGUAUUGGGAGAUGGGCGCUUUCACCUUCUCUCCCGUGUCUUAAUGCUUCUGAAUAAGAGUUGAUCUUGACCUUUUGGGUUGAGAUUUAGCCCUCUUGUUGUACUUGAUUAGUUAUUUAUUUUA